AGUAAGAAUCGUUUCACAUUUGAAAUUCACUAAAACCCUUGUAGUUAGGAAAAUGUAUCCUUUAUUGCAGUGUACAUUUUAAUUAUCGCGGCCAGUAGCGAAAAUGUCCCUUAUUGUUAAUAUGACGAAGUGCGUUUUACAGCAAUGCACAGAUUGCUUCCAUUUUCUGUAGUUUGACGACAUCCCCUAAAUCCUUCAUUGAAUCGCUUGUGUCUGACGAUCCCCGCGCCUGCGCCGCUGAGUCUGCCGCACUCGCUGCCGCCAGAUCCCGACUGAAAUCACAGACACGGGCCUUCCUCGCCAGCAUCCCUCCAUCCAGCGCUCAUUCCCAGGGGAGGGGGGAGUAGCCGAAGACCUGUCUGGAACCACGAAGAAGUUGCCGGACAUCCACCGCGUGCGUUUCAGGGGUUUCUCCUCUUCAGCUGAACUGAGGGCAUCAAACUUGCAGCAAUGGAACGAAAGCGGCAUUCCAAUACACAUCGGUGGUCCAGCGACAGCCCCCUUCACAGACCCCCAUCCUUCCCAACCCAGAGCCUGUGAGGGAAGCUACACUUAAACAGAGAGAGAGAGAGAGAGACUCGACUCUGGCCACACACUGACACGCUUUAAAAAGAGAGAGAGUGGAGAAAGGGAACGUCAGAGUGCGGAGAAGGAGGGAGGGAGCACUCUCUUUUGGAGGAGAGGGAAAGUGAGGGAAGCGCACAGAGGCAGAGGUACCCAGGAAUUGAGGGAACAAAAGAGAGACUGGGGGUUUUAUACAUAGACAUGGAGGAUUCUGCCGGAGGAGCUCGUAAAGCCACCAAGAGUAAACUGUUUGAGUUUCUCGUCCAUGGAGUGCGUCCAGGGAUGACCUCAGGGGCACGGAUGCCCCAUCAAGGCGCUCCCAUGGGGCCUCCUGGACCUCCAUAUGGAGGAACACCGCCAAUUCGGCCAGGGAUGCCUAACCCAGCCCUAGACCCCAACCGAAAACGUCCUGCCCCAACCCAGCCAGUGCAACCUCCCCCCGUCCAGAACCGUCCCAGAAAUGCCAAGAGAAGAAAAAUGGCAGACAAGAUUCUCCCUCAGAGGAUCCGUGAACUGGUGCCAGAGUCCCAGGCGUACAUGGACCUCCUGGCUUUUGAGCGCAAACUUGACCAAACCAUUAUGAGGAAGAGGGUGGAUAUACAAGAAGCCCUCAAAAGACCAAUGAAGCAAAAGCGAAAGCUACGAUUGUACAUUUCAAACACUUUCAACCCUGCCAAACCCGACGCAGAGGACUCUGAGGGCAGCAUUGCAUCCUGGGAGCUGCGUGUAGAGGGCAAGUUGUUGGAUGAUCCUGGAAAACAAAAGAGGAAGUUUUCCUCUUUCUUUAAGAGCCUUGUUAUUGAGCUGGAUAAGGAUCUGUACGGCCCUGACAACCACUUAGUGGAGUGGCACCGCACUGGAACGACCCAGGAGACAGAUGGCUUCCAGGUGAAGAGGCCUGGCGAUGUGAAUGUGCGCUGUACCCUCUUGCUUAUGCUGGAUUACCAGCCUCCUCAGUUUAAGUUGGAUCCUCGCCUUGCACGUCUCCUUGGCAUCCACACUCAAACCCGCUCCUGCAUCAUCCAGGCUUUAUGGCAGUACGUCAAGACCAACAAGCUGCAGGAUUCUCAUGAAAAGGAGUACAUCAACUGUGAUAAAUAUUUUCAGCAGAUCUUUGACUGUCCUCGUCUGAAGUUUUGUGAGAUCCCCCAGCGACUAACCAAUCUGCUGCUCCCGCCUGAUCCUAUUGUGAUCAAUCAUGUUAUCAGUGUGGAUCCAAAUGACCAGAAGAAGACAGCCUGCUAUGACAUUGAUGUUGAAGUUGAUGAUCCUCUGAAGAGUCAGAUGAAUGGUUUCCUGCUGUCCACCGCCAAUCAGCAAGAGAUUGCAUCCCUGGACAACAAGAUCCAUGAAACUAUUGAGUCCAUCAACCAACUGAAGAUUCAAAGAGAUUUCAUGCUCAGCUUCUCCAGAGACCCCAAGGGCUACAUCCAGGACUGGAUCUGCUCCCAGAACCGGGACCUUAAGCUGAUGACAGAUACAGUUGGAAAUCCAGAGGAAGAGAGAAGAGCUGAGUUUUAUAACCAGCCCUGGUCUCAGGAAGCUGUCAGCCGCUACUUCUAUUGCAAGAUUCAACAACGAAGACAGGAGCUUGAACAAGCUUUGGCAUUGCGAACAACCUAAAAUAUCUCAUUUUCAAAAAUAAGUAGGCAACUAGUUUGCUUCACCUGUGGCUUGGUCACUUUUAUUCUGGUGGUCUCCACACUGGGCAGUUUUUCAUGGAAAUGAAAGUAUUAGACCCCUUCUCAGUAUGAGGUUUGGACUGAUUUUAACCAAUGAGGGUCAAUGAAAAGUGUAAUUGUACUCUUAUUUAAUGUAUGUUUACUGUACAGUUGAAUGUAUAUAACCUCACAGUACAAUGAAUUUAAGAAAGUGGUUUGGAAAUGCCACUUUCACACUGAUUACACACAAAUACAGCAGCUAUCGUAAUUGUUUUUACAUCAGUUUUUUGACGCACAUGACGUGUAUUUACACUGUGUCUUCUGACUUGAAAAAGUAGAAAAUACAAUGAAUGAAACUUUGAUGCCUGGGAAUUUUUGUAACUAUUAAUGACAUGCUAAAUGUUAGUAUGUAAGUAUCGAUAUUGAAUCUGUCAUGUUUUUUCUACGUGUUUAAAUAUUUCGUCACAUUCUGCUUUCAGCUUUCUCCUUUGUUUUUCUGUCUUUAAAUUUGCACUGUGCAAAAGAUAUGAAGAAAUCCACUGGAUGAAAAUCAACCAACUUUAUUUGCAAUAAGUGACAUUUAUUGUCAUCAUUUUCACAUGUUAAAGAAAACACAUUCAUGCAACAAUAAGGUAAAUCAUUCUGAUUUGUGAACACUUGUGUAUUGUUAAAGACUACAAAAAUCAUUGUUCAUAAGCAGUGUUUAUAAACGAUGUUUGAAAACAUCAUUUUCAGAGGCUUUAAAUGCCAGUAAAACAAAAUGUUCUAAAUAUAUUGCGUGUUGAUGAAUACAGUAACGCAUGUUGCAUGUGAAUAUUUUAGUUUUUGGGACUUUCUUUUUUAGCAUGAUUCUGAAAUGUUUUGGAUCUUUGUUGCCUUAUUAAAUCACUGAUAUGCACAGGAAGCAUUAACCAAAGGUUAAGUACAGUUACAUCAUCUUUGUGAAUGCCAAUAAAUUACUUCAUUUUACUGAAUAUUCCAUCACAUUAGUUGAUGGCAUUUGUAUACCUGUGGCCUAAGAUGUGCUUGAUGCACAGAUGAGAAAUAAAUCUGGUACUCAUGAAUGUCAAGAGGUGUUCAUAUUCAGAGGCAUUGACCCUUUACCUUUUAACAAGACAUUCUUACUGUGUUAUGUAUUUUAUUUAAAUAAGUGUGU